AUGUAUCUAAUAUUUAAAAAACCUAAAUAUUGUUUCUAUCUAUUUUAAUUAUUGUUUCUAUAAAGUUUAUUUGAGUAAGUUUUAAAAUUAUUUAAAUAGAGAAUAUAGAUAAAUAAAAUUAAUUAAUUUAGCAAAUUUUUUAGCACUUUUAUAGUAUUUUGUUAUUUAUUUAAAAAAUUAAUUUGUUUUUUAUUUUUUGAUAAUUUAUCUAAAUUAAGGAUAAAUCUUUAAAGACAGACUUAAGUAAAAAGGAUAUAUUUUAAAAAAUUAAUGAGUUCAUAAAUAAACGCUAAAUUUACAUGUUUAGUAGAUUUUCUUUCAUAAGAAAAAUAUGAUUAAUCUCAAAUUUAAUUGAAAUUAAGUAAUAGCUUAUUUGAUAAAAAUAAUUCAGAAUAAUUCAUUUAAGAAUUGAAAAAAUAUUCCUAAUUGACAAAAUUAGCUUUGAGAUUGGUCUUGAAUCAACUAAGUAGUGAUAUAGGUUCUAUUUUAGGUAAUGGAUUUAGUCAAAUGUCUAAUUUACAGAGCUUAGAAUUAAUUCUAGAUUAAUGUGAAUAUGACGAUAAUAUAAAUAUAAUUGGCUUACUUAAUUUGCUCACAAGUUGCAUCAAAUUAAAGUAUUUAAAUAUACAACUCAAUGAAAAUAAAUUAAACAAUUAGAGAUUAUAAAAUAUUACCUAAAACAUAUAAAAAUGUAAGGAUCUGACUGAUCUCUCAUUAAAUUUAAGUGAGUGCUGGAUUGAUGAUGAUGGUGUUUAAAUUUUAAGCGGCAUUAUAACUGAAUUCUAAUAUUUGAUCAAUAUUAACUUAAACCUAAGCUGCAAUUUUAUAGGAGCUAAAGGUGUGAUUGAUCUUGGAAAGCAGUUAUCGUAGGUAGUGAAUCUCAAAAAGCUUUAACUUUCAAUGAACUACAAUCAUUUUAGAAAUGCUGGAAUCGCUAAUUUAAUAGAAGAAAUAUCUUAAUGUAGAAGUUUAUAAUAUUUAGAUCUUCAGUUAGAAAAAAAUAAACUCAGUAGCCAAUAUUUUUCAGAAUUAAGCAUCUAAUUUUUAAAAUUUGUAAAUCUCUCAACUUUAAAGCUAAGUUUUAUAUAAAAUUAUAUCUAAGAUGAAGGAUUAAUUGAGUUCGGAAGAAAUUUAAAAAGAAUUAAAUGUUUGAAGCGUUUCAUUAUCAAUAUUGAGGAAAAUAAUCAAAUUAGCUAUGAAGCAAUUUUUCUAUUCUAUUAGAGAAUAAUUAAAAUCAGAAUGUUGGUUGAACACUUCAUAAAUUUUUGA